AUGGCUGCCUUUGCCGAGAGAGCUGGACCUAUGAAGGCAGCGUUUGUGAGGAGUGGUGCUGCAAUCCGGACGGCGAUUCUGGCGGACCUUGGUGCUUCGGAGUCCUGGAGCUACCUAGGAAAAGAGUGCACGAGCUCGUGCUGCAAUCCUGACGAUGACCCAUUCGGAGAGUGGUGCAUGGUGGAAGGCAGGGCGUGCUCCGGCAAGACGCGUGGCUAUUGCUACCCCUCAGUGCCUCCACCAGAGGGCGCAGCGCCAGAUGCAGGCAUUCCUAGCCUGGCCCUUGCUUCUUCCAUUCUCUCUAUCGCAGGGUGCUGUGGGUUUUGGAUCAUCUACUGCGUGGUCAGCACAUACAGGAAGGGCAAGCAGAUCAUGCCAUCUGACUCCUAUGAGGCAGACUUUGUUGGAGUAGCUGUUCCUGCUGAGGCCUCCAAGGAUGUGCCUGGGCACUCAGAAGUUCGAGGGUCACACCUGGCAGACGCAGCAGAAGUGGACGACGCCAAAGCCAAGCGCAGAGUCCGUCCUGCAAACGUUCUGGCCGGCAGACCGCAUUGCAGCGCCCAGCCUUCCAGCAGAAGCGAGGCAGACGACGCAGGGAGGUUGAGCCCAAGGUCAGAACGUGGUGGCCAAACUGAUGACCAUGCAGACGCAGGUGAAGCGGCGCAGGCGGAGACGGUGCGCCAGUCCGGGGCAGAACUUGCAGAAGGUUGA